GAUUACAACAUAUGCAAGCCUUGAGCUGCCUGCUGCUUAUACACCCAUCCAUUGAUAAAAUGGCCAACCAUUCAACAAGAGGAGAGCUGCUAUGGAGAAAGGUUACUUUUGUAGGGGAGGCAGGCUCGGGAAAGACAACACUUAUCAAACAAUUUUGUGAAGGAAAAUUUAGUGCUCAAAGUCAUCCGACAGUUGGAGCAGAUUAUGGCCAUAAACACUGCACUAUAGGAGAUACAGAAGUGGAAGUAACAUUUUGGGAUUUGGCUGGAAGCCCUGAGUACAGAGACAUAUAUAAACAUUUACUUCCACAGAGUGAGUUGUGUAUAUUAGUGUUUGAUGUGUCAAAACUCAGUGUGAAGUCAGUUGAAGAAUGGCUCGAGUGUGUUACACAAUACGUAGAGACUUCAAAGCUGGCAAUAUUCAUCAAUAAAGCCGACCUUAUUGACAACAAACAGGCAAGCACGAGUGCUGUGGACAAAGUAAAGAAGUGGCUCUUAUCUUCAAAGCUGUACAGCAAUCUGAGUGUUUACUUAACAAGAGGUAUAACAGACAAAGAGGUUAAAGAAUAUAUCACUUACUUACUAUCACAAACUCUGCCAGAUGACACAAAGUAAGGGAGAGGUUCAGACGCAAUGAAAACACUAUGGAUAACGAGCCAACAAUCACAAACGACACAUUAAAAAUUACACAUAUUCAUGUAUCACUUCAUGUUCA